GUACCCCUCGGACGGCAACGCUCCCGAGGGCCAUUGGCGCGAAAGGCACGAAUGUCCGCCACCCUGCCUCGCCUCCUUCGCAAAAACCUAAUUUUCGGCCCGAGAAACAUUUCCCCGUCGCCCACAUUCACGCAGUGGAGAGAAAUGGCCACGCAGAAGCUGAUAGCCAACUUCUUCAAGCCGGUCAACAAGCGUGUGAGCGGAGAGACCCAGGAUACACAGGUGUCAAAGAAGCCAAAGAUUUUAGAAGGAAAAGAGAAUGAAAAGGGGAAAAACAAUGCUCCAGGCUCUCCAACAAGAUCGUCGGCACCGGAUUCGAACACCUGCCUCAGUCCAGAGCAGAAAGAUCGCAUGCAAAAGAACAAGUUAAAGGCUGAGAUAAAGCAAACAAGCAGAAAAUUUGGUGCUCUCCAUGAGAACAUUGGAACAAGUUGGUUUUCUGCUUUGAAGACCGAGUUUUCUAAGCCAUAUUUUGAAAAGCUUAGCCAUUUCCUGGAUGGCGAACGCAAGAAGUCUACAAUCUUUCCUCCAGCCGAACAGGUAUACUCCUGGACACACCACUGCGAACUGCGGGAGGUGAAAGUAGUCAUCUUAGGCCAGGACCCAUACCAUGGGCCAAGGCAAGCUCAUGGUCUGUGCUUUAGUGUCCAGAAGGGCGUCCCACCACCACCAAGUUUGUUGAACAUGUACAAAGAGCUUGAAUCAGAUAUUGAAGGCUUUCAGCGGCCUUCUCAUGGGCACUUAAUUGGCUGGGCAAAACAAGGCGUUUUGCUUCUCAAUGCUUGCCUGACGGUGCGUGCCCACAAUGCUAAUUCUCACAAGGACCAAGGCUGGGAGAAGUUCACAGAUUCAGUCAUCAAGGCGGUGUCAGAUCGCAACAAGGGUGUCGUGUUUCUUCUGUGGGGUUCUUAUGCACAGAAAAAAGCUGCUGUAGUAGAUAAGAAGAAACACCACCUCUUGAACACAACUCACCCGUCUCCUCUCUCAGCUCACCGAGGUUUCUUGGGAUGCAAACACUUCUCAAAGUGUAAUGAAAUUCUCAAGAAAGAAGGAAAAAGGCCAAUUGACUGGACUGACUUGCCUCUUGAAAUGUAGAAUUUGUCAUUUCUUUUUUCUUUUUACAGAUUGAAGAUUUUAGUCGAGUUUUGCCUUUGGAUUAUGAGAAUAUUAGUGAUUGUGCUCAUAAACGAAAUAAUUGUUUGUGUUACAAAGUUUACUCAAGUCAAACAUUCUGAAAAAUUAUUCACUUAGUUACAUUUUUAAAAAUUAUUGUUAUUUACUACUUAUAAGGGUAAUUGUUAAAAUUCAGUGCAGGAAAGUGACUGAAUUUGAUAUUUACUUUGCAGAGUUGAAAUGUUUUGACCAUAUUUGGUAUUUUGCAGAGUUGAUAUGUACAAAUUUCACAAAAUUAUAUCCUUUAAUUUUAAAGUAUUCAAGAUCUUGGAAAUUAUGCAAUUAAUAGGGCAUUGUGCAGAGUCACAUAAUGUUGCUUUAGAAUUUCUGCCAGUACUUUGCAGGAAAAGAUGGUGGCAACAAAAUUCCUCAUGAAGUUGAAUGUGUAUCCAGUGCAUUUACAAAUUUUUUACCAAAAGGCUUUUAUUAAGUUAAGUUGUACAUAAUAGGAUGUAAGACUAUUAUUUCUGUUUUUAAGAAAAUGUUUCAGUUAAAGUUAGUUUCAUAACUUUUUUUUUACUUUUAUAAUAAAGUUUGCAGCAUUGCUUUUUAAAAAAACAUUUUUCAUUGGA